AUGGAAGCUGGGCAAUACCUUAUGCCAGCCUGUGCCAAGUUCUGGCUUGCAAAUGUUAAGAGCAAAAUUGCUGUUUUUCCAGGCGAACUUGCAACUUUGGCAGUGCAUCAAGUCAUCAAUCAACAUUCAAACGUUCAGGCCUGGGUGCCCUAUAGCGGCCAGGUAGCGUUUUUCGUGCCGUUUGUCGCAGGGAGCAGGGGCGGACGAGAGAAAUACAUGAAAUACGGGAGUCGCCUCGCAAGUUCUAUUUUCAAAGGCGGUGGCCCCUUUGUCAUGAGAGAUUCACCAAGCCUGGCACUUCAAGCAAUGAAGGGACUGGGCUACAUCGGUGAUGAAUUGAACACUGAUGAAAAUGAAGCGAUGUGUUGUUUUGUGAAUAGAACUCAGAACAAGAAACAACUCAGGAAGAUUGAUUUUGCUCCCAGAGGCUUCGGAUUCGAGCCACAUGGUGAAAGAGAAGCUGCGGAUGGCUUUUCUUUCCAACUCAUGGUCAGGACAGUGGCAAGUCCUGGGGCGCGAUACGGAGAUACAGAGGUUGGUGCAAGAGGUCUUGCUGGAAGAAGAUCUACUCAAGCACUCACGAUUUGGCUGCUCGCGCCAUGA